UUUGAAUGUUAAGCCGUGAUUUCUCUUUUUUACGAGUAUUCACUUUACACUAAAGUAAGUUGCUUUCGCGAAACGUUGCUUCGUUGAUAGAACUACUGUAUUAAUAUUAUUUUUCGUGAUUUAAAGAUUUUUUAAAAAAGGAAACAUGCGUGAGUGUAUUUCGAUUCACAUCGGACAAGCAGGAUGUCAAAUGGGAAAUGCUUGUUGGGAAUUGUAUUGUUUAGAACAUGGUAUUCAACCUGAUGGUCAAAUGCCAAGUGAUAAAACAAUUGGUGGUGGUGAUGAUUCUUUCAAUACUUUUUUCAGUGAAACUGGAAGUGGCAAACAUGUUCCACGAGCUAUCUUUGUUGAUUUAGAACCCACUGUUGUUGACGAAAUUCGCACAGGAACAUAUCGCCAAUUGUUUCAUCCAGAACAGCUCAUCACUGGUAAAGAAGACGCUGCUAAUAAUUAUGCACGUGGUCACUACACAGUAGGUAAGGAGCUGAUCGAUCAAUGUUCAGAUAGGAUUCGAAAGCUAGCUGACAGAUGCACUGGACUUCAAGGAUUUUUAGUGUUUCAUUCCUUCGGUGGUGGUACUGGAUCUGGAUUCACAUCACUUCUUAUGGAACGUCUUUCUGUCGAAUACGGGAAGAAGUCUAAGUUGGAAUUUGCAAUUUAUCCUGCCCCCCAAAUAUCAACAGCAGUUGUUGAACCAUAUAAUUCGAUUUUAACGACACACACAACAUUGGAGCAUUCCGAUUGUGCUUUCAUGGUUGAUAAUGAAGCCAUUUAUGAUAUCUGUCGAAGAAAUCUAAACAUUGAUCGACCAACAUACACUAACUUGAAUCGACUCAUUGGUCAAAUCGUUUCCUCAAUCACUGCCUCUCUUAGAUUUGAUGGAGCUCUUAAUGUCGAUUUAACUGAAUUUCAAACCAAUCUUGUCCCUUACCCCCGAAUCCAUUUUCCCUUGGCGACUUAUGCUCCAGUUAUCUCUGCAGAAAGAGCAUACCACGAACAGCUCAGUGUUUCUGAAAUUACUGCUUCUUGUUUUGAACCAAACAACCAAAUGGUAAAGUGUGAUCCUCGACAUGGUAAAUACAUGGCUUGUUGUUUGCUAUUCCGAGGCGAUGUUGUUCCCAAAGACGUCAAUGCAGCCAUUGCCAACAUCAAAACAAAGCGAACAAUUCAAUUUGUUGAUUGGUGUCCUACAGGGUUCAAGGUUGGAAUCAACUAUCAGCCACCAACUGUUGUUCCUGGUGGAGAUCUUGCCAAAGUGCAACGAGCUGUAUGUAUGUUGAGCAACACCACUGCUAUCGCAGAAGCUUGGGCUCGGUUGGAUCAUAAAUUUGAUCUAAUGUAUGCAAAACGUGCAUUUGUCCAUUGGUAUGUUGGAGAAGGCAUGGAAGAAGGAGAAUUUUCAGAAGCUCGUGAAGACAUUGCAGCUUUGGAAAAGGAUUACGAAGAAGUUGGCAUGGAUUCCGUUGAUGAAGAUGAAGAAGAAGAUGACGACUAAUAGACGGUUAUAAAAUGAUGAAACAAGAACAUUAAAAAACUUUAACUUUGUGUAAAUUUUAUGUUAUGGACUAUAUUGAGAAAAAAUAAAUAA